CAGUCAUCAAAAACCGCGGAGGGAACUUGGUGUUUGGAAGAGCAAUACAUGCCAUGGCACGUAUUAGUGAUGAAUUUUGGUUUGACCCCAUAGAAAAAGGUCUUGCCUUAAGGUCGGUGAAUUCUUCAAGGUCAGCAUAUGCGUAUGUCUUCUUCUCAUCUAUGUUUUUUCAACAUUACUGCUGGACAGCUGUGUCUCAACCAUGUCAGAAGAAGAAACAGUUAUCCCUCCCAUGUAAAUUGAUAAUUAAGUCAGUUCUUCCCAUAUUUAGAUGUGUAAAUGUGCUGGAAAGGCAUGUAGAGAAAUGCAGCAUUUAUACAAAUAUGAAUGAUCAUCACAUAACUUUUCGGCUCCUCUGCAAACACGGUGUUGUAAAGACAUAUAAUCUGAUGUCUCAAGAAUGUGAGCCAUUGCAGGCUGUUUUUGCCAAGCACAUGUGUCCAAACAUACUUAAAGUCCACUCCAGGCUGCUGGCUGAUAUAAUGAUCCACUUUCCGAGCAGUCAAGAAGAAGUAACCUUAUCAGUUACUCCAAUGAAGGUUUGUUUCAAGAGUUACACCGAGGAAGACACUGAUUUUUCAAAGACCAUGCUUACCGAAAUACAACUAAACCCCGAAGAAUUUGACUACUUUCAAGUGGGAGUAGAUUCUGAAGUGACAUUUUGCCUUAAAGAACUGAGGGGACUGCUAGCAUUUUCGGAAGCUACCAGCGCUCUUGUCUCAAUCCAUUUUGACGUAUCUGGAAACUUGAAGACACAGAUGGGUAAAUCUGAAAAAACCUCUGAUAAAGACAGCAACGCCGCAGCAGUUGCCUCCAAAAAGCCACCAUGGAAUGGAAGUGCCCAGAACACGGAGUCCACGAAACCUACCAGUCCUUUGGCAAAACGGGAGAGCAGAAGCAUUCCCAGCGUGGCAAAGCAAGCCGCGGCCGGGACAGGAGGAGCAGCCGUGAGCGAGGACCACGCCGCGCUGGGAGGGGAGGCAACGGAGCCUGGCGGGCAGACGUUUCAUUCCUUAUUUUUUGGAGCAGUCUCUGGUAAGAAGGAUGCCAUCGCUCCCACCUUCCAGAGCUUAGCAACAGCGAGCGAUGCCGAAGAGGAUUUUGGCAACGUGCAGAGCUCCCAGCUUCUCCAGUAACACUGAGCACCUGAGUCCAAGGCCCUGGGGGAUUCCCUGGGAAGCUCUCCGCUUUUUGUGUGAACCUCGGGCAAGAGAAAGGAAAGCUUGCUGGGGCGGGGGGGGGGGGCAAACGCGAGCUGCUGUAAUUCAAAAGGAAAUGUAAUAUUGCAAAGUGGCUGUUCGAGAACUGUAAACAUCAUGAAGGUUCAUUCCGAAACCCCUAAACUUUAGUUACUGAAAUGUAAGAUUUGCUGAUUAUUCAUCAUUAGUUUCCACUUACGCACUUGCUGCUGCCGCCGCCGCCGCGUAAGGAAGAGGUGCUCGUUUGAGAGUCGGAAAGGUAAAGAUUGACUGGACUUAAACUGGCGCGGCGUGGUCUGUUCUACGCAGGCGAGAAUGGCAAUCGGGAACACAAAUCACGUUUCGGUCACAACAGAAUUAUCUGCCCAAAGGGAAGCCGCGCGGAGCUGAGGGUGGUCUGUUCCUUGUCCAACCCCUCCCACCCCAGCAUUUAUGCCGCAUCAUCCCGCGCUGGCGAGAUGGGUUACAACGCUGAAAGGACCUCAAGCUUUGGCCAGCUCGGCUUUUUGAGACUGCUUAAAACUUUUGGUUUUUUUUU